UUGAAUUUCGUGUAGUGGGCUGGUUUGCUAUAAAGUUGCACACUACGUAUCGUCUCUCGUCUUUUUUUCUUUAUUGUAUCCGAAUUUAUACAAACCAGGAUGGCAUCGGCUAAGCAGUCAAAAGAAAAGGAUCCUGCGGAUAUUGUUAGUCAGAACGCAAUUCACAUCGAGACCAUAAAGAAAGAGAAUAGGAGCCAAAAAGUGUACACGUUAUUUAGCAUCAACCCGUACAAAAGACUUCACAUUUUGACUGACAAACCGAUGGCUGGCAACAAGACACACGACAAAGUGCAGGAGGACCCUGCUUUCCUAAGGGCCAUCCACAGGGCUUGUUUGGAGCCAACCAAGAAAUACACUCACCCCCAAACUGAGAGCCAGGAGAUAGGCUGGAUAUCCAGACCUCUGAUGGUUUCAGAUCGCAGCGAUAGAAGACUGAACUGGUCACGGCAGAACUCAGAGAUCACCAAGUACAUGGAUGCAGCAUGGCGUCUCAAAGAACAGACACAGAACCUGGGUUAGAUCUACAGCCUACAUUAUGAUAACCUGGGUUAGAUCUACAGCCUACCAGACUUCAUUAUGAUAACCUGGGUCAUUGGUCUCUUUACUGGAUAAAAAUUGAGUGGAAACACAGCUAUGAAGAAUAAUACUUUACUGUCCAAAGGAAAUACAAUGUAACUGGUUGCAGGCAGACCAACUGUAAUUAAGCAAUAAGGCCCAGGGGGGUGUGGUAUAUGGCCAAUAUACCACAGCUAAGGGCUGUUCUUGUGUGCAACACAGAGUGCCUGGAUACAACCUGUAGCCAUGGUAUAGUGACCUUGUACCACAAACCCCCAAGGUGCCUUAAUGCUAUUAUAAACUGGUUACCAACAUAAUUAGAAGAGUGAAAAUAAAUAGUCACACGUGGUAUA